ACUUAACUAGAGGUGUCAGUUUAGAUGUUUGAAGUGAGUUUAAUCUGUUUAAAAACUUGAGUAAUGUUAAUUUAUUGUGUCAAGACAAGUUGAAAUCUAAAUCGGAUUUUUUUUUUUUUAUUCGAUUUCAGAUUGGAUCGGAUGGGCGGGGUUUUGACACCCUUCAGUCCUACACCCAAUAAAGUACCCAAACGGCCAAUCCCAUACAGGCUUUGAAAUGGCGCCAAAUAAGAAGCUAAGAACCCAAUAAUGGCGCCAAAAAUGUUCUUAGCUAUGUAAUGUCUACUUUGUACUUUGUUAUUGACGAAAACAAAACCAAAAUCUAGAGUGAGAAGCGCCAGAAAUGGAAAACCGGGAGGUCAAAAAGCAGCGUCGGACAGUAGACUGGUCAGAAUUGCCGAAAGUGGUCGUCCUAAUAAUCGGCUUUUACCUAUUACCCGACGGCUCCAACUACCGGAGAUUCCGAGGAGUUUGCAGAAAAUGGCGUAAAUCUUCUCCUCCUUCAACUCAUUUUCUUUGUGCGACUUAUCCACGCAAUUUACCGACGCAAUUAGGUCGUUCUGUAAAUCUAAUUACAAAGAAGACCUGUCUUCUCUUUCCGAUUGAUAUUAAAUACAUCGGCAUUUUUCCACCCUGGUUAGUUACAGUUGAAGAAUUGAACCCUGGUAAGCUCGUAAUUCGUCAUCCUUUAACUGGUAUCAAGUUCGAUUUGAACGAUGAUUAUUUCCCCAAAACCCUAAAUUUGUUUAAUUUUCGAUUGGUUGCGAUGGAAUGUGGGUAUAAAUUGUGUCACCCAAAUGGCGAUGAAGAUGUGUUUUCUUCGGAAGUGACUGAUUUUUGCAGGAAUUGUCCAAUUAAGACGAAAACCCUAUAUUUUGGGUUGGAUUCAGUGGCUAUUUUGUCGCUUGAUCAAGGAGGGAUAUUAGGGUUUUUGAAUUUCAAUGGGGAAUGGAGGUUUUCGGAAUUGGGUCCCAAGUUUAGGCUCGACGAUAUAGAGUAUUACAAUGAGAAUAUUUGUGCUGUUAGUCAUGGAGGGCAAGCUUUGCUCAUUAGUAGUGUUGAUGGAAGGGUGAUUAAAGUGUUAUGUACAUUGCUUUCGAAGAAUGAUUUUGGGAAUAAACGCAAACUUUUGGCGGUUUAUGAUGAUGAAGUUUACUUGAUUGUUAGAAAAAUUUACAAGUUUUGGGUUUUUAAGAUGAAUGAAGAGUUGCAAAAGUGGGAAAGAGUUUAUGAUUUGGGGGAUAAGGUAUUGUUUGUGACUUAUGAUAAGUGUUUCUUUGUCAAUGAUGACGAGUUUCAUGGGGUUAAAGGGAAUUGCAUCGUAUUUCCUAAGAAUUGUUUUCCAACUGAGUUUGGAGAUAAUUCUGUUGAUGAUGAAUUGUUUCAAUCUCCAGAAAAGUAUCUAGAACUAGGUGUGUUUUAUAUGAAUAGCGAUAAUCCUAAGCUGAUGUCGCCAAAUGAAGAAUUGUCUGAUCUAUUUUGGCCGCCUCCUGAAUGGCUCAACCCAGAUUCAGAUAUAUGGCCGUUUAUACGCCGGUGUGAAGAAGGUGAAGAUGAAGAUGAAGAUGAAGAUGAAGAUGAAGAUGAAGAGGAAGAGGAAGAUGUAGAUUCUGAUAAUAAUAUUGGUUCAGAGUCCAGCUCAAAAGAACAUUCAAAACACGGGGAUGAUGGACAAGGUGCUGAGAAUCCGCCUUCAACCUCAAACCAAAAGGACACUCAUGUAGAAGAGGUCGUGUGUGAGAAUAAUGAUGUAUCAGUUCCCGCCACAAACUCUCUGGGUCAGGAUUAUGGAAAAGAUGCUGCAGAGAAGAAUAUCCAAGGAACUGGUGUCAUCUUGGACUUAGUUCCGCAUAAUCCAAGCCCGAAGCUAGUUAAUGUGGAUUCACUUCCUCUUAAUGCCUCUGCUAUUGAGAUAACUCAUGAUUGUGCUUCACUGGAGAAAUUCCAAGGGAUAGAUGUCAGCUCCAAUUUAGUCCCAGUUUUGCAGAAAAUAUGGGAUAAGCAUGGGAACAUAAUCAAAGGGCAUAUAGUUCAGAGUAACAGCCUUCUGACAUGGGCCUUGGAGUCGCUUGCAAAUAUGAUAAUUAUCCUUCAAAAAAAUACAGGGGAUUCCUUGAACAACUCCCAAGCUGAUUACCUGAACUCCACCUUAGCCGAUCUUCAAUUGAUGAAAUUCAGAUUAGACUGGCUAGUUCCUUUUGUCGAAAGGGCUGUGGCAGUUCACAAAAGCAAGUGCCAGAAAGCUAUUAUGAUCAACCUUGAGACAAGAAAGUCAAAGCUCCUCGCAGAAAUGCAUGAACUAGAAGAACAAAUGGUUCAGCAAGAAAAACUUAUGGCUGAGAGCCUGAUGAACUGUGCACCAUCAGUCUUGGAGAAGGGUUUAGCUGAAGGAUUAUGUUGAUUAUCUGAAUCAUGGUAUGUAUUUUUUACUUUUUGUUUUUAUUUUUUAUUUUUCAUUUCUUCCUCUCUUUUGAGGGAGUGUAUGACUGUAUUAGACUCAAUUUCGAUUUGUUUUGUUGUCAACAUGCCUUUGGCCUCAUUUUAGUUCUGAAUGGCUUUCAGUAACUUUUACAUCUUCAAAUCUCAGUUGGAUUUUUAAAGCUCUGUUAGGUUGCGAUCAAUAUAUUACACUAUUUGUGCACUACUUAGCUUGCUUGUAUGAGUUGCAUCAACAUGGUUCUUGUUGUUUCUGUUCUGAAUCAUCUGUCUGCCUUGUUGUUUUUAAUAUGUUUUAGAUAAAUAUAUUUAAAAACCACUAAAAUAUGAAGAAAAUAAGGACAUUUUAUGCAAAUUAUAAUUUGGAAUAGAGAGUUAUAUGACUACUACUAAUAAUAAAAUAAAAAAGCCAUAACAAACAACCAAUUAUUAAGAAAAGUAUUAUGAAGGAUGAACAAAGGAACCAACCCAUGGCAUGGCAUAACCAAAACGUGCCCAAUAGGUCCAAUCUUUGGGUAAACCAGAAAUUUCGAGCUUCUUGAACUCUCGACUUUGUAGAUCCAAAUGAAGAA